AUGGAUCCAUAUCAAGAAGAAUCACAAGGUAACAAUGUUAUGUUAAAAUCGGGUAAUAAAGACCCGAAAAUAAUGGGUAAUCCUGAUAUUGGUUAUUUUACAAAUAAACAUGGCUUGAAGAUAAAAACAUUUAAUUGGCUUGUCAAGGCACCUGUAGGAAUAGUAUUUCUAGUGCACUCUUUAAAUUCACAUUGUCGAUUUGAUUAUUUAAAACAUAAUGCCACUAUAGUAAAUAAUGACAAGGCUGUUUUAAAUGAUGGAGACAACUUUUAUGUCCAUAAAGAUAGUUGGAUUGAAGAAUUAAACAAAAAUGGUUAUUCUGUUUAUGGUCUAGAUUUACAAGGACAUGGUGAAUCAGAAUGCUUAAAGGGUGAAAAAACCUACAUUAAGGAGUUUGAUGAUUUUGCUGAUGAUGUACUUCAAUAUAUGAAUAGUAUACAUGAAUCAAUCAUUAAAGAAGCUGCCAAUAAUGAUUACAAAAAUGGUAAAAACGCAAUAAAACAAAAAAAAAGGUGCAAGAAAUGUGAUUUGAUUUUAAAAGAUGAAUAUGAUAUUUGUUGUGCCAAUGAAGAUAAAAUUCUAGCCAGAAGUUUACGUACGCGCCAACCAGGACAUAAUCAAUAUAAAAGACCUGACUAUAACAUAGAACCGUAUAAAACACCUUUACCAAUGUAUUUAGUUGGAUUAUCAAUGGGAGGAAAUAUUGUUAUGAGAAUAUUGGAAUUAUUAUCACAAAGAAGAUACAAUUAUUAUAAUCGACUAAAUAUAAAAGGUGCCUGUUCAUUAUCAGGAAUGGUAUCAGCAAAAGAUCUAAAAAAACGGCCUUCAUGGAAAUAUUUUUAUAUACCGGGAAUGACAAUAUCAUCUCUUUUAUUUCCAAAAUCUAGAUUUAUGCCAAAUGUAACGUGCCAAACAUAUCCAUAUUUAAAAGAUUUAUAUUCAUUUGAUAAAAUAUUUAAUGACCAACCUAUUACUAAUAAAUUUGCUUAUAAAUUAUUGGAAGCUACUGAUACUUUAAAUAAGGAUAUAGACAGUAUGCCAAAAAAUGUGCCCUUACUUUUUGUUCAUUCUAUUAAUGAUCAAAAAUGCGAUCACGCAGACGCUCAGGAUUUUUAUAAUAAUUUGAAAACUAAAAAAAAAGAAUUUCACAGUAUAGAAGAUAUGGAACAUAUGAUUACAAUGGAACCUGGAAAUGAAAAAGUUCUCAAAAAACUUGUAGAUUGGCUAGAAGAUACACAAAAAGUUAAAAAAAAAGUUAAAAAUAACCUUAGAAGUGAUGAUGACAAGAGUGCCUUGCCAAAGAAGAAGUAUCCACCAAUGCGAAACCGUGGUAUUGCAUUAUAUCAUCCAAAGCCUAAGAUCCCCCAAGAGCAAGUUGCCCAAGCGUAA